AUGCCGGGCAUCACCAUCAACCGUCAGUUUGGAAAUUUCCGCUUCCUCUUCGUCGCCCUCGAAACCGCCAGUCUUCACCAGACGCACCUGAACGCAGCACGAGGUCUGCGCGGCAGCGGCGGCCUGUUUGAAGUGGAGCGCGUCGGCCGCAGACUCAUGUGUGACUUCGAGGACAGAGACGCGUUCUGGGAGUUCCUGAUUUCACCUGGGAAGGGGAAAAGAAAGAGGAAGAACUCCCAAAAGGCCCAAAAAUGUGUCAAACGCAGAAACGACAUCGACGCUAAAACCAACGAGAGCAACUACGACGACGCGAAGAAGAAGAAGAAAAUGAAGAAGAAGAAAAAGAAAAACCCCAAAUACAAAGAGGCGAUGGGGGAAAGGAAAGUGAAGAAGAAAGAAUGGAAGAAGAAGAACAAAGCGUCGGUGGCGUUGGACGACAGCUUCAUAUUCACGCAGGGUGUCUCGGGAGAAUCCGGUCCGGCGGCAAAACCAGAACCGAAGCCUGAUCGCGUACAGACGAAAACCAAAAGAAAAAAGGUGGCGUUUGAUUUGUCGCCGCGCUACAUCCCCGCCAAACGACCGAAAUUCGUCCCGUCAACGCCCAAAGAGAAGCAUGUGGCAGGGGGCGGCGAGAGUCGCUCGCCGGUGGCGGCGACGCAGCGCGGCCAGACUCAACCCAGCGACGACGACUCCCCGUGCGCCAGCGACGACAUCAACAGCCAGGACCUGUUCAUCACGCAGAAGACGUUCCGGACGUCGCCCCGCGAGCCGUCCGGCGGCGAAGCUCUCGGUACGACCCCUCCGCCAAUCGCACGGCCGUUACCUGACGGAUCAAAUCUACAGCAGCGUCGUAAAAGGGACGAAGAGCAGAUGACAGCCUCAAAAGAAGAAGAAGAAGAAGAAGAGGAGAGGUGGUUGUUCACACAGCGACGUCCCGAGGAGGAAAGUUUUCCGAGACAGACGGAGUCAAACUCAAACCCCAGAGGAGCGAAUCCUUUCCUGGACGAUCCAGUCGUAGUGAACUCCUCCCUGGACGUAUCAAAAUCCUGUCCGUCGAGCCGACAGUCUCCUCCGGGUCGUCUCGACUCGGACGACGCUUCCCCGCUUCCCCGCCGGACGUCAAAUUCGACCACCUCCUCCACCCAGACGGAGAACUUCUUCACCGCCGAGUUGUCCUCCUACCUCCGCUUCUGCCAGAAGAGUCUACGCGUCGAGAACGCGGAAGCUCUGGACUUGAGUCUGCCGCUCAGGGCCAGGAACGACCUCGGCAGGUGUUCGUCCGUGACGGAGACCGGUCACGGAGGCCCCGGCCGGCGGCCAUCUUGUUCCUCAGACUCGAAGGACGCGGAGGUGAAGAAGGAGGAGCCUCCCGGCCGACAGCGAUGCUCCGUCCGCCUGCAGAGGAAACUAGGCAAAAGGACCCCGAGCCCGCAGUCAGAGUCCGAGGCCAAGUCGGCGGACGCGAUGACGUCCAGCGAAGACUGCGACGCCACCGGCAAGCCGGACCUGACGCAGGUCCGAGCGGUUCAGACGAGACUCAACGAGUCGUUCUUCUUCAAGGCGAAGGGCGACGGUCCGUCGCAGAGGCCGGCGUCUCCGCUGAUGAAGCUCGCCCAGGGCCGGGAGGUGACAGGCGGGAAGGGUCGCCAGCACCCGAGGUCAUGAGGAUGUCGUCGGUGGUUCUCACGUUCUUGAAGAGCGCCACCUACAGAGUGGGCAGGUGAAUGAAAUUCAGCUCUUGAUGAACUGUCACGUUGGUCGGCCCCUUUUUCAAAAUGCAGAGUCUGACACGGCAGCUCUGCAGUAACAUCCUCCUUCAUGUUUGUGUCAACUCCAUGGUUAAGUUUUCAGGUCGUGUGUUUCUUGUAUUUUGUCCGCCGCCAUUUUUUUUAAUCAACGAGGGAACUAACAGAAAUGUCUCUUUGUGUGAUGCGACACAGUUUAACAGCAAAACAAAACUAUACGCUCUGAAAUUAUCGUACGUCUGAUUUAACAAGUGAACAGGAACCUUCGAGGAGUUACUGCAGGACGUUCGCUUUAGCCAGGUUUACCUAAUUAACUGAAACCUUUACUGUACAUACUAUCUUUGUUUGUAUAUGACCUGAAUUUUCAAGUUGUACGUUUCUAUAAUGUUGUUAUAGUGUUUUUAUUGACGGGUUUGUUGUGCGAGUUCCUGUUUUUACUUAUCAGUU